GGAGACUUACCGUGAGGCCUUUCGUCACCCGACGGGUUGCGGAUGUUUCAGCCGUAGAUUGAUUCUUUGAUCGAAGGUAUCCACCACCUCGACCGUAUUCGAUACCGUCGAAAUGUGCAAAAUGAGAACGAACUUCGCGCUAUAGCAUGCCCAGAUGCAGCCGCCACAUUUGAGUCUUUUUCACAGUUCCAGUGUGGUGUGGCGAGGCCGAGCUAGGGAACGAGAAUGUAGGGAUUGUUUUGUGUGCGCGCUGAAGGCGAAAGAAUGUCUGCAGUCUCGUCUCUCUUCUUCUCGCCGCUGGCGCUAUGGCGAACGAAGGCUGCUCAGUAGUUUCUGAAAUGCGUUUCCGUUGCAAGGGAAGCUGAAUGAUUCUUUUUUUUUAAUUUUAUUUUAUGAAAGCUGAAUGAUUCUAUGGCAGCAGACAGCACUCAAGCUUUUUUCUUCGGUCGACGGCGAACUUCUGCGGAUGAACGGAUAGGGGGCCUCGCUCUCCUACUCACCAAUUGUGCAAACUGAGUAUGAAUCUUGCAGUAGAACAUGGAAAGAUUCACCGCCAUAAUUUUUGUCUCGUGUGCAUGUGGUGAGUAGUGGAGAGAGGCCCAUAGUGAUUCAGCGAAGGUUGAGCAUAACUGAUUUGUGUACUUGUGUGGGGCUCGCUACACCAAGAUAGAUAGAGAGAGAGAGAGAGAGAGAGAGAGAGAGAGAGAGAGAGAGAGAGAGAGAGAGAGAGAGAGAGAGAGAGAGAGAGAGAGAGAGAGAGAGAGAAUGAGUGGUUCGCACCGCUAGUUGAGACAGGGUGACUGUAUACGGGAAGUGGAAGAGGGAGUGCUUAUCGACGAUGAAAUGGCGACUCCUGUACGGAAGCUUGUGCUCAAUUCGGGCUGGAUUGCGGCGAAAGCAGACGCAGUUCGCCAGACCGGGGAGGAGCUAACUACACUCAACGUUGUCUGUACGGAUGGGAGCGAUGUGUUCGAUGCGGAGGAGUUCCGUCCUGGUUGGAUUGCCGCCAUUGUGCCGGGGACGAUCCUGAAUACGCUUGUUAAUGCCGGGGUAUUUCCUGACCCAUUCUAUGGGUUAAAUAAUGAGGAGAUUCCUGACAUCGCUCAUGUCGGGCGAGGUUUCUACACCUACUGGUUCUGCACACACUUCGCUCUCCCUGACCUUUUCAGCGAAGGUGAUGGCGGGGUUCUUUCUCAGUGUACCAGGGUGUGGCUGCAAUUCAACGGCAUCAACUACUCAGCGGAUGUUUAUUUAAAUGGCGCAAAGCUGGUGCAUCCAAAUCCGCGAGGGAUGUUCCUGCGGCGCGCUUUUGACGUUACUCAUGUGGCCAACUUUGGAGGGGAGAAUCGUCUUGCAGUAUUGGUUCAUCCCCCUGAACACCCAGGCAAUGUGGAUGGAGGGGGCCAAGGUGGUGAUCACGAUAUUGCCAAGGAUGUCACGGCACAGUAUGUUGAGGGCUGGGACUGGAUCAAGCCAAUCAGAGAUCGCAACACGGGCAUCUGGGAUGAGGUGGCAGUCGUCCUUACAGGGGCUGUGACGUUGCAGAAUCCUCAUGUUGUGACAGUGUUUGAAGGGAGCAGUCUCGCAAAAGCCAAGCUCCACGUCUCAGUUGAAGUCACAAAUGCAUCAUCAGCGGCCUGUCACGGAAGGCUAACUGCGCAAGUUAUUUUUAAUAGUGACGAUGAUGGGUUCUAUGUUGUUGAGGACGUCCUCUCAGAGGAGGUGGAUCUUGAAGCUGGGGAGAACCAUCUUCAUGCAUUUUCUCCUAUGCUUCAUGAGAAUCCACAGCUUUGGUGGCCAAAUGGUUUGGGCAAGCAGCCGUUGUAUACGUUGCAGAUCUCUUUUGAGGCAGGGGUCUCGAAUGGUGCCCCUUGUUACAUGGAGUCUGAUUCCUGCAGUUGUCGCUUUGGUUUUCGAAAGAUUGAAACAUGCGUUGAUGAAACACUCGGUGGUGGACGGCGGUUCUUUGUGAAUGGUCAUCCUUUAUUCAUCCGAGGCGGGAACUGGAUCGUUUCACAUGGGAUGCUCUGGCUUUCAAGGGAAAGGUAUCAAACUGAAGUGGGUUUUCAUGCGGAUGCUAAUUUGAACAUGAUUCGGGUUUGGGGUGGAGCACUUGCUGAGCGUCCAGAGUUCUAUGAUGCUUGCGAUGAGCGUGGUAUACUUGUGUGGCAGGAGUUCUGGAUAACGGGCGACUGCAAUGGGAGAGGAGUUCCUCCUUCAGAUCGCAAUUGGCCUCUGGACCAUGAGCUCUUUAUCUUGUGCGUGCGUGACACUGUGAAGAUGUUGCGGAAUCAUCCAAGCCUAGCGUUUUGGGUUGGCGGAAACGAGCAGGUGCCGGCAGAAGACGUCAAUAACAAGUUGAUGAAAGAGCUGAGAUUAGCAGGAGGCAGCGAUGAAGACCCCAGUUUCUUUCUUGAUGGAACAAGGCCUUAUUUUAGAGCCUCGCUCUGGGACGGCUUUGCUUCCGGCACAGGAGCAUGGAGCGAUGGCCCUUAUACAAUUCAGAAUCCGGCCCUCUUCUUUGAAGAGACUUUUUACCCUUAUGCAUUCAAUCCAGAAAUUGGCUCUGUCGGAGUUCCCGUUGCAGCAACCAUUCGUGCCACGAUGCCCAAAGAAUCGUGGGGCCCUCCGACCAUCGAGUUCUUGCCCGACGAUGCAGUCUUCAGGGAAACUCCGAACAAGUGUUGGGACUACCAUUGCUACAUGUCUUAUGCUGAUAAAAAAGCACCGUACGAUCAUAUUGCAACGUAUGGCCCACCUGAAGGACUAGAUGACUUCUGCUUCAAGGCUCAGAUUGCCAACUAUGUGCAAUAUCGUGCUCUGAUAGAAGGGUGGAAUUCGCUUAUGUGGAGAAAGUACUCUGGAGUCCUGAUUUGGAAAACGCAAAACCCUUGGCCGGGUUUGAGAGGUCAACUGUACGAUUUUCUCGGGGACCAAACAGGGGGAUUUUUUGGAGUCAGGUGCGCUGCAGAGCCUGUGCAUGUCCAGUAUAAUUCGGCGACAAGAGCUGUGGAGGUUGUGAAUACAACGGCGGGGGUGCUAAGUGCGAUGGACCUGGUCGCAGUUGUCUAUAGCCCCGAGGGGAGUGUUACUCAUCGCAGGAUUUGCCAGAGCUUCUGGAUCAAGCCAGCAACGCUAGCGGUGAUUUUCAAGAUUCCUAAAGAGGAAGACAUGAAUGCGGGUGAAACCUGGUUUCUUCAGCUAAUCCUGAGCGACAAGUCCGGUCGUUCAAUCUCGCGGAACUUCUACUGGCAACACCGCACGGGACUGGAUUUCACCGCACUGAGUUCACCUUGGCGGGACAAGGUAGUCCCACUUGGGGUGACGAUUACGUGCAAGAAUGUCGUCGGCGAGCGCACCAAGCUCGCUUUGUGUCUGUGGAACAAGACGGGGACAGCGCGUGGGCAAUCGGAGUCGCCUGCACCCAAGACCGCAUGCUCUGUUUGUGAAGCGAAGAAAAACGAUCGCCCAACGGGAAUGCAGAUGAGGUUUCAGCGCGGACUGGUGAAAAUUUUUGGUAGGAAGGUGGUAAAAGCCGCCACCGAAGAGAGCAGUAAUUGCUUAGAAACCAGCCAAAUCGUCACCGGUACUGAUUGUCAAGUACUGAAAGGAGUGAGGAGUUGGGUCAGAAAGCUGGUCGUAAAGGACGCUUCCGUUGCGAAGGAUGGGUUGCAGACAGUGGCUGGAAGUGCUGCCGGGGAAGCAGGCAGAGCAAGCGAGCCACGGGAGACUGCUUCGAACUACUCAAGUAUCGCUGCGUCCUGCAUAUGUGAUGACAGCAGCGCAUGUCAAGCAGCAGCAAUAACUGCAGGCCCCACCGCUGGCUUCAGAGACGAUGGCAGACAAGAAGGCACUGAAGUAGGAGGAGGGGAAGGACCAGAAGUAGGAGGUGGAGGGGAUGAGAAAGAGUCCGAAGGGGGCAUCGCUUUAUGGAUUCAUCUGCAGGUGUGCUCUGCAGAUAGGAAUAUUCCAGUUGAAACUGUACAGGAGGGCGAGUCACAUGCAUCUGUUCAGCGGUCGGGGGAUUUGGGUUCGGACCAUGGUUAUGUCGACAAUAGAGUUCUACCAGUGCGGUACUCGGACAACUGGAUUUGCUUGGUGCCGGCUGAACACCGAACGGUCUUGAUAGAGUUCAAGUCCCAAAUUGGCAGAGCGGUGAAGAUUUGUAUGGACGGAUGGAACAUUGAGAGAAAGGAGCUUCUUGUUUAGUCAUUCGGCCAGGCUGUCUUUUUUCUCCAGCCGCACGGCGUGGAUGGAGUGGCGAAAGGUCAAGACGUGGGGAAAAGGUCUGCACUCCUUACCUAGUGCAUGUAAUGAUGUGAAUGUAAAUUUCAAAUUUUAUUGUAUAUAAUGGAUGAAUGUAUCUAUGUUCACGAGUUCGAACAUUGUUCUGCGAACGUGUUCCUGGGCUAGAUUUCUUCCAAACGGAAUUUUUAUUUAUUUAUAAAUGCAUGGGUGAAAUCUGAUAAACGUUGUGCAAAUCA